CCCUCUUUCUGUGCUCAUCUGCGAGGCUCCUUUCUCCCAGGUGCGAGUCUGCACCCUGCUGCCAGUCGCUGAUCGCGUUGCUCCCGCACGGUGUGUGGGCGUUCAGCUGCCAAGGCGCUCGCGUGUGAAUCUUCCCCAAGUGCGCACAGCGCGCGACAAACUCCGAUCCGCAAUGUCGCUUACGCAUCUGCUGCCCGCUCCUCUGUGGGAGCGCCUGGAGCUCCAGUAUCUUUUGGUGUUCGUCGCCGUCUUCCUCUUGGUCACCGAUUAUGUCAAGAACAGAUCUCCGAAGAACUUUCCACCGAGUCCACCGGGACUGCCCUUCGUUGGGAAUGUCUUUCACUUGGACCCUAAGCAGCCGCAUAUUAACAUGAAAAAGCUUGCUCAAAAGUAUGGCAACAUCUUCAGCCUGCGCUUGGGAAGAUCUCGCGUUGUGGUUGUCAACGGCUAUAAGAUGGCCAAGGAGGCGUUGGUCAAUCAACCAGAUGCUGUGCCAAGCCGACCCUCAGACCCCUUGUUUGAAAGGAUCAACAAGUUAUACGGCGUGGUGCUCAGCAGCGGGUACCGCUGGAAACAACACCGGAGAUUCAUGCUGACAACUCUGCGAAACUUUGGCGUUGGCAAGAAGAGCCUGGAGUCCACCAUCGUCGAGGAGCUUGGGUAUUUUCACCAGGCCAUUCAAGAAGAGCAGAGUAGACCUUUCGAGCCUCACUUCCUCAUUAACAAUGCCGUCGCCAACAUCAUCUGCUCAAUCGUUUUUGGCCGCCGCUUCGAGUACAGUGACCAAAGGUUCCAGGAGCUGCUGCAUCUCAUCUUUGAGGCUCUGUUUCUGGAAGGGACCAUUUGGGCUCAGCUCUACAAUGCCUUCCCCACGAUAAUGAAGGUCCUACCAGGGCGCCACCAUGUCAUGUUUUCAGACUACGACAAGGUGGUCGAGUUUUUGAGGUCAGAGAUUGAAGAGCACAAGAAGGACUGGGACCCCGCAGCACCGCGCGACUUCAUCGACUGCUACUUGGAGGAAAUUGAGAUGCGUAAAAAGGAUGUAGAGGCAGAAUUCCAUGAGGAAAACCUGAGCUAUACCCUUCUGGACCUCUUUGUGGCGGGAACGGAGACGACGUCCACGACUCUACGAUGGGCGCUGCUCUACAUGAUGAAAUAUCGAGAUGUUCAGGAAAAAGUCCAAAAGGAGAUUGAUGCCGUACUCGGUAGAGACCAGCCUCCGUCAAUGCAGGACCGGAACAACCUGCCCUACACUGACGCCGUGAUUCAUGAGAUCCAGAGAAUGGCUGACAUUAUCCCAAUCAACAUGGCCCGCAAAGCUGACGAGGAGUUCUCCUUGGGUGGAUGCAUCAUUCCAAAGCACACCACAGUGCUUGUGAACCUGAACUCGGUGCUCUUCGACGAGGAGGAGUGGGACGACCCGUACACGUUUAAACCCGAGCGCUUUCUUGAUGCCAAUGGAAAGUUCGAGAAAAAUGACGCCUUCUUUGUUUUCUCAGCUGGUAAGCGUUCCUGCCUCGGGGAGCCAUUGGCCCGCAUGGAGCUCUUUCUCUUCUUCACGUCUCUUCUUCAGAAGUUCACCUUCCAGUCCCGUGAAGGAGUUGAGCCAACCCUCGACUUCCAGCAGGGCCUCACCCGGGUGCCUGCUCCAUUCAAAGUCCGUGCUAUCCCGCGCUAAAGUGCGCCCCUCUGCUGUUGAGAGUUCUGCAUUACAGCCUCCAAUUUUGCAUAUGAUCAAUAAGGAUGGUGCCCUAUAUGCCACUGUACCAGUCUGAGGGAUCCAUAGAUUUUUACCUGUUUUCAAGACAGGGCUACGAAGCUCAGCCAGAAGACAAAAAGCAGACUGGCAAGGUAUCUGAUAGGCAGGCGCUCUCACUUUCGCUUUAUGACAUAUUAGAGUAGCGUGAUUGCUGCUUUUCUUAAUUAAAGUGACGUCCUCCACUCUUCCUG